AUGUUUCAUCAUCACCGUCUCUGGAGUCUUCUCUACUCCCAAACCCCAAAAUAUCACCUUCUUCGAACAAUCCACCUCUCUUUCAAUCCCUUCUCCACCGCCACUCCAGAUUCAUCUCAACAAUCCUUCACACUCUCCUACCUCACCAACACUCUCGGUUUAUCUCCACAAGAUGCUCUCAAAGCAUCCAAACGUAUCAGUUUCACCACCCCCCUAAAACCCAAUUCCGUUAUCACCUUCUUCAAAACCCACGGUUUCUCCAACCCCCAAAUCCAAUCCAUCAUCCUCAAAUCCCCAAAACUCUUAUCAUCCAACCCCACCAAUACCAUUCUCCCUAAGUUUCAAUUUUUAGCCUCCAAAGGCGCUUCCCCUUCCGACAUAGCCGCCACCGUCAGCAGUGACUUGAGAAAGGCUGUGGAGGAGAUUAAGGAAUUAGGGUUUCAUCCUUCCAAGUACAACUUUUGUGUUGCAUUGUUUGCCAAAAGGGCUAUCUCUAAAUCACAAUGGAAUGCUAAAGUUGAUGCCUUGAAGAGUUGGGGUUGUUCUGAAGAUGUGAUUCUGAGUGCCUUUAAAAAGCAGCCUAACUUUAUGCUACGGUCGCCGGAUAAACUCAAUGCGGUGAUGCGUUUUUGGGUCCAAGAGCUUGGUUGGGAUCCUUCACUGCCACUGGCAGCACCGGAUCUUUUCGGAUUUAGUCUAGAGAAGAGGCUUAUUCCGAGGGCUUCUGUUGUCAGGUAUCUUCUUUCCAAUGGUUUGAUGAAGAAGAGUGCUAGCUUAGUAUCGCCGUUCUAUCCGACCGACGAGUUGUUCCUGCAAAGGUAUGUGAAACGGUUUAAGGAUGAAGCAUCUAUGCUAUUAAAGCUAUAUCAAGGGAGGAUGCUAGCAUCUUCUGGUGCUUGGAUAAGUUGUCAAAACACAUUUUGUUGUAACUGA